AAUGACGGCUAAUCUUUAUAUUACCCUGGUGUUGCGUUUUAAUUGUUGUGAAACGGCGUUUAUUGAAAAAUUUUAGUGAAGUGCAACGGUAAGUGGCCAGGCCUAUCAGAAUCGGAGAUACUAAAAAAUUACAAAGACGUUGGUAACAUUUAUUAAAUUUAACAUUGGCAGAGGAAUCAUCUGGCGCCUACAAAAUGCUUGGACUUCAAGAAACAAGUUCUACUGGAAGUCCUAAAACAUACAGCUGUGUGGCAUGCUCAGCUACUUUUCACAGUUUGGCAUCACUCCUGGUGCACCAGCCGUCUCAUGCAAGUGAAAUCUCUCAACAGCCAGAAUCAGCACUACCUACUUGUGUCAGCUGUGGAAGCUUUUUUGCGAGCAAAGAUCUCCUUGAAAAACACCUCUGUAUAAUGUUGCCCACUCCAGCAUCUCCAGCCCACACCUACAUAUGUGACUGUGGCGAGGAGUUUAGUGGUUUUACAGCUCUUGAGGACCACAAAAAGCAACAUGGUUCAGAAAACGAGGUCAAAUCAGAUUUGGAGAGUAUUCCAGUUGUGCCAGAUGGCAAAACAGACUCCAGCCGUCCUGUCUCAGACCAAGUUUUUCACAGUCUUUCACCAUCCCAUUCAAAUGAAAAACCCCUUGCACAAAGUCCACCUCCUACUUCAAACACUGACAUCAAGGAGAAUGAAUCCACUGCAGAUGUGGACAGCAACAUCUUGAAGCCAUCUGAAUCCCACCCUGUGACCGAAGAGCAAGUGCAGUUACCUGAGAAGGACAGUGAUGCUUUAAAAACCUCCAACAUGGUAGACCAUUCUGUGCAAGACCAUGAGAAAUCACCAGAAUCUGGCGAAGAUUCAGCUGCAUUUAAUAAGAAAUCAAUCCUGAAGAUGCUAGCAUCUGCCUACAUGAGUCAUAGACAACCCAUCCAAAUGAAACAGAGGAACUUGCCCCCCAGAAAAGCUUCACCGAGAGCACCAAUGCAAUCUGCGAUCACCAUGAUGAUAUCAAAACCCAAACCACUGGAGAAUCAAUCAAAGAUGAAAAAAGACAUAGUGGUCGGUGUGAAAACUGCAAAAAUGUUGCCUAAGAAGGGCAAGAUUAUAUCCGUGACGCAAACUCUCUGUCCUGUGGUGGUUCUUGAGACUCGGCAAAAACUUUUUGGCCGGGACAACGUGGAAGGCAGACAUCAGUGCAGACUCUGCCGUAGGGUUUUCCAGGACAUAGACACCUUGAUAAUGCAUCAUGCCCUGCAUAAAAAAGAAAGAGUUAAAUUUUGUCUUUGUUGUCAACAAUUUGUGAUAACUAUAAUCUCCGUCCCCGAAAGCCAUGUCUGCUCUGAUGGAUUUUCUAGAAACCAUCAACCUUUGAUGGGAAAAAUGUCUCUGAAACCAAUCAGCCCUACAGCUCAAGAGGCAGAAAAAAUUUUCUACUGUUCUUUAUGCAAGCGUGGAUACACACGGAUUCGCAGCCUCAAAAAGCACAACUGUCCAUGUAAAGCUUCUCUAAAAUCCUCAGCCACUGUAGGCACCUGCGGUAAUGUCAAACUCCAAAACUUGGAGGAGUGCAAUAGAGCUGUCCCAAACUCAAAAAUAAAUCAAAUGUCAACACAGCAUAAAAAUAUUGGUGUAGGCACAGAGCCGAUAAAGAUUGAGGAACAGAACAUAGAACUUCCUAUUGGCAAGAAAGAUCAGAUUGGGUUGAAGAUGCAGCUGAAGGAUCAGUUGAAUCCCACAGAAACCCUUGAGUCCAUCUUUGCCAGUGUUUCUAACUCCAAGCCAACUGAAUCAACUGAAAACUCUGUUGGAGUACCAGCCGACAUGGUUGGAAUAAAACAAGAGGAAAGAGAUAAAUUGGUUGAAAAGCAGUGGACCAUGCCUUUGGAUGAUGCUGAAAUUGAUGUAUUAAUAGAUGUGGAUCAGAAGGACUCGGAUGAGGACGAUUUGACAGACCUGGCUAGAGAUGACUGUGAUGAAGGUGAGGAUGUUGUCAUUGUAGAGCCUCGUGAGGACAAGGAAAUGCAAGCUGUGCCUAGUAAUGGCUUUCAGGUGCAUGUGACUAAUAAAGGCUUGAAGCGGUUUGUUUGCAACGGGUGCCAGAGAAGCUAUUCCCGCGUAUUUACUCUAAAGGAGCACCUGAAGAUUUGCGGGACAAGAAAGUUAAAGCCACAAAAUGUUACAUCAGCUAUGGCUGGGCCAAUUAAAAGGUUUCCAUGUCCUAAUUGUGGUAAGUUCUUUAGCCGCAAAGACAAUAUGAAUAUCCAUCGAAAGAAGUGCCAUGCAACAAACACUAAUUCAGCAGUAAGUAACAGAACUGUGGAGUCUAAAACACCUGCAGCUCAGGAAAACUUAUUCGUCCUGUCACCAUCUAUGGAAAACCAAACAGUCCGACAAGAAAGCACUCAGAAUACUAGCAGCAACAGAAACUGGGGGAUUAUGUCACUUCCAUCUGUGCUUCCAAGAAGAGUGACGUGCGAAUGCGGAGCCUCAUUCACGUGUCCACGACUUCUCUUCGAACAUCUGCAACAGCAUGCGCAGGAGUCCUAUAUUUGUCCACACUGUGGUGAGAACUUGCAGUCGUGGAUGGACUUUGAGGCACAUCAGCAAUUGCACAACCAAUCUCAAAGCUCUACAAGUGAGCAAAGAGCUUCCCAGCAAAAAUCUCAUUCAUUUUCCCAAGCGUUACCAUCACACGCUCCGACUCGGCCGCAACAGUCUUCAGGUUCUUCUAAACAUAACAUAAAGGCACAACCGCCUGCACUCUUGGCACCUCAACAUUUGAACCAGAGGCCAUUUCCUGAGACAUUGACUUGCCAUAAAUGCAAAAAGAAGUUCAGUCUCCGCAGUUCCUUGUCAAGACACAUACGGUUGCGUUGUACUGGCGAUACUGCAGGUCAGAAGAAACACACCUGCUCUCGUUGUGGUACAACAUUCCAAAGCCCAUUGACGCUUAAAGUUCACAUUCAAAGCAAUGCCUGUAAACCUGCAUUUAAACCGAUUCGGUGCCCAGUGUGUGUGCGUUGGUUCAGUUGUCUAGAUGGGCUCAAGAGACACCUGGUCUCACACAGCAGGCAAUCCGUCUUGACAUGUCAGAUUUGUGACCAGAACUGUCCAACCGCUCAGGCACUCGAGGAGCAUAAAAGAAACGUUCAUAGAGUCAACAGCAGAAUGAUGCCAGCAGAGAAUGCACAGGAACAGUUGUACCAAGCAGGUGCACAAACCAAUCCAUCUACUCCAUUUCAAUGUCACAUUUGCCUUCGCUAUUAUCCAAAGCUUCAAUCCCUGAAGGAUCACUUGAGGAAAGUUCAUCGGCCUAAACAGCCAAAACAAACUAAUCUGGGAACCGUGGAACCAGUCCGUUCUGGACCGUUUCAGUGUCAGAUAUGUGACCGCUCCUAUCCUAACAUAAAAUCCUUGAAAAACCACAGAAGAAGAGUGCAUCAUAUUGUGGGUGGUGUGUUUCUGCCAUCAAAGGGAAUUGAGCAAAACAUCACUCCCAAUCAGUUUCAGUGUCACAUUUGCCCACGCAGCUAUCCAGAUGAACAGUCCCUCCGAAACCACAGAAGGAGGGUCCAUCAUAUAGUGGAAGGUCUUGAGCUGUCGAGGGGAAUCACUCAACACAAUCUAUACAAGUGUCAGAUUUGCCAGCGCAGCUAUCCUGACGUGGUGUCCCUUAAAAAUCAUAGGAGGAGGGUUCAUCGCAUAUUAGGGCCAGUGCCUGAAACUACACCACUACCACCACCAACAACAACAACAACAAAUAAUGACACAGAAGAUGCUCUAGAGCAGAAACCGAUACCUUUCCUGUGAACGGUGUCCAUGCAUUCAUAAAAGGUGGAUCUGCUGCUUGCCUUUAUUGCUGGGUAUGCAAUCAAAAUGUUAAAAUGUUGAAAAAGAAGUCAUAAGGCAGCACCUGUUAAGUACAUUAUAGCAUUAUAGUAAAACAAAAUUGAAUAGCUAAAAAGAUUCAUAUCUGAUCAGUAGUGUAACAGUUUGUUUGUUUUUUGUCUUGUUAAUAUCAUUGUUCAGCUUCCUCUGUAUUUCAUUGAUGUUGCCUUAAUUUAAUUCAUCUAUUGAAUAGUUUUUUUUCAAUA